UGGCGGGCAGGCGGCGAGCGGGGAGACCCCGGCGCGGCAGAGCCAUGGAUGGCCCGACGCGGGGCCAUGGACUCCGCAAAAAGCGGCGGUCGCGGUCACAGCGAGACCGAGAGAGGCGCUCCCGGGGCGGGCUGGGGGCCGGCGCGGCCGGCGGCGGCGGGGCCAGCCGGACCCGGGCGCCCUCGCUCGCCUCGUCGUCGGGCUCCGACAAGGAAGACAAUGGGAAGCCCCCGUCCUCCGCCCCGUCCCGGCCCAGACCCCCGCGGAGGAAGCGGAGAGAGUCCACCUCGGCCGAAGAGGACAUCAUUGAUGGAUUUGCCAUGACCAGCUUUGUCACUUUUGAAGCGCUGGAGAAAGAUGUAGCACUUAAGCCUCAGGAACGCGUGGAGAAACGCCAGACCCCUCUGACCAAGAAGAAACGAGAAGCACUUACCAACGGCCUGUCCUUUCACUCCAAGAAGAGCCGACUCAGCCACCCGCACCACUACAGCUCAGACCGAGAAAAUGACCGCAACCUCUGCCAGCACCUCGGGAAGAGAAAGAAGAUGCCGAAGGGGCUCAGACAGCUCAAGCCAGGGCAGAACAGCUGCAGGGACAGUGACAGUGAAAGCGCCAGUGGAGAAUCCAAAGGCUUCCACAGGAGCAGCUCCCGGGAAAGGCUCAGCGACAGUUCAGCUCCUUCCAGCUUGGGAACAGGCUACUUCUGUGACAGCGACAGUGACCAGGAAGAGAAGGCCUCAGAUGCCAGCUCUGAGAAACUCUUCAAUACUGUUAUAAACAAAGAUCCGGAGCUCGGCGUCGGCGCGCUACCCCACCACGACGGCCACGAUGCGGGGCCCAUUGUCCCCAAGGUAUCGGGUCUAGAGCGGAGCCAGGAGAAGAGCCAGGACUGCGGCAAAGAGCCCCUGUUCGAGCCCGUGGUGCUGAAGGACGCGCGCCCUCAGGUCCCGCCGCCGCCGCCCCAGCCCCAGGCGGAGCCCCAGCCCCGAGCACCGUCUCCGGACCCGCGUCUACAGUCCCCGGGGCCGCUGCCGCCCCAGGCCCUCCCGCCCGCGCAGGCCCACCCCUCCGCCCAGAGCCUCCCCCAGCCUCUGUCCGCCUACAACAGCAGCAGCCUGAGCCUCAACAGCCUCAGCAGUAGCAGAAGCAGCACUCCAGCGAAGACUCAGCCCGCCCCCCCUCACAUCUCCCACCACCCCUCGGCCUCCCCGUUCCCCCUGUCCCUGCCCAACCACAGCCCCCUGCACAGCUUCACGCCCACCCUCCAGCCCCCCGCACACUCACAUCACCCCAAUAUGUUUGCCCCUCCCACUGCUUUGCCUCCUCCUCCACCUCUGACAUCUGGGAGUCUGCAGGUGCCCGGACACCCGGCCGGGAGCACUUACUCAGAGCAAGACAUCUUGCGCCAGGAGCUGAACACGCGUUUUUUGGCGUCUCAGAGUGCUGACCGCGGGGCCUCCCUGGGCCCCCCGCCCUACCUGCGGACCGAGUUCCACCAGCACCAGCACCAGCACCAGCACACGCACCAGCACACGCACCAGCACACCUUCACGCCCUUCCCGCACGCCCUGCCGCCCGCCGCCAUCAUGCCGACGCCGGCCCCGCCCAUGUUUGACAAAUACCCUACAAAAGUUGACCCAUUCUACCGGCACAGUCUCUUCCAUUCUUAUCCUCCUGCUGUAUCGGGCAUCCCCCCUAUGAUUCCGCCCACCGGCCCUUUUGGGUCACUGCAAGGAGCUUUUCAGCCGAAGACAUCCAACCCGAUCGAUGUCGCCACCCGACCUGGGACGGUCCCACACACUCUUCUCCAAAAGGACCCGAGGUUGACAGAUCCUUUCAGACCUAUGUUAAGGAAACCAGGAAAGUGGUGCGCGAUGCACGUUCACAUUGCCUGGCAGAUCUACCACCACCAACAGAAAGUCAAGAAGCAGAUGCAGUCGGAUCCACACAAGCUGGACUUUGGCCUGAAGCCUGAGUUCCUGAGCCGUCCUCCAGGCCCCAGCCUCUUUGGAGCCAUCCACCACCCCCACGACCUGGCACGGCCUUCAACUUUGUUCUCUGCCGCUGGCGCUGCACACCCACCUGGGACCCCGUUUGGGCCGCCCCCCCAUCAUAGCAACUUUCUGAACCCCGCGGCCCACCUCGAGCCUUUUAAUCGGCCGUCUACGUUCACGGGCCUGGCAGCGGUUGGUGGCAAUGCCUUCGGGGGACUUGGAAAUCCUUCAGUUACACCCAACUCAGUGUUCGGCCACAAGGAUGGCCCCAGUGUGCAGAGCUUUAGCAACCCUCACGAGCCCUGGAACCGGCUGCACCGAACGCCUCCGUCGUUCCCGACCCCUCCGCCCUGGCUGAAGCCAGGGGAGCUGGAGCGUAGCGCGUCCGCUGCAGCUCAUGACAGAGAUAGAGAUGUAGAUAAACGAGACUCCUCCGUUAGUAAAGAUGACAAAGAAAGGGAAAGCGUCGAGAAGAGACACUCCAGCCACCCCUCUCCAGCCCCCGUCCUCCCGGUGAGCACCCUGGGACACGGCCGCAGCUCCGGCGAGCAGAUCAGGGGGCAUUUGAGCACCGAGGCUCGCGAGAAAGACAAGUGCAAGGACAGGGAGCGGGAGCACUCAGAAUCGCGCAAGGACCUGGGCGCCGACGAGCACAAGGCGAAGGAGGGCCCCCUGGCCGAGAAGGACGGCCACGGCCACGAGGGCCGCGGUGUCAAGGAGGAGCGCAAGGAGGACCACGACCUGCCCCCCGAGGCCCCUCCGACCCACCGGUCCUCGGAGCCGCCGCCCCCGCCGCCGCCGCCCAGCUCCUCGGCCGGCGUGCACCCGGGGCCCCUGGCCUCCAUGCCCGUGGCCGUGGGGAUGCCCGGGAUCCACCCCAUGAACAGCAUCGGCGGCCUGGACAGGACUCGCAUGAUGACGCCCUUCAUGGGCCUCAGCCCCAUCCCGGGAGGGGAGCGCUUCCCGUACCCUUCCUUCCACUGGGACCCCAUCCGGGACCCCCUAAGGGACCCUUACCGGGAACUGGACAUGCACCGCAGAGACCCGCUGGGCAGGGACUUCCUGCUGAGGAGCGACCCUCUGCACCGGCUCUCGGCCCCGCGGCUGUACGAGGCCGAGCGCGCCUUCCGGGACCGGGAGCCACACGACUACAGCCACCACCACCACCACCACCACCACCCCCCGCUGGCGGUGGACGCGAGGCGGGAGCACGAGCGCGGGGCGCACCUGGACGAGCGUGAGCGCCUGCACGUGCUCCGCGAGGACUACGAGCACCCGCGCCUGCACCCCGUGCACCCCGCCUCCCUGGACGGCCACCUUAAAAAAAAAAAUGGAAGAAGCCGAGCCUGCAAGACAGCCCAGGCCCUGGAAGCAGAGAAGCGCCUCGAACCCUUGAGUGAGGACGGAAGGCUGGCCGCCCUCUCUGACCCACGCGGCCUCUGCCGGUUAGUCUCUGUAAAUGUCUGCCCUCCGAACAGUCAGGAGUGCUUGAUCUCAGCGUGUGGUUCGUCUGCGUUGAUGCCAUCUGAUCGAGCGCCUCUGCCGACAGCCGGCGUGUGCCUGUUCUUCACGUUGCAGUCUGUGGGCUCGGUCUGUUGUGCGUUACUUCAGGCCUUCCAGGCCACUAUUUGCAAUGCGAGACCGGAAGUUACUGUCAAGUCAGUCACGGUACUGAAUCCCCCGGGCCUUAUUCCUCUCAAGACCUUUACAGAUUUUCCCUCUAAUUGCGUCUGCUCCCCAGCACUGAUUGGUACCAGCACAACUUGA